AGGUCAGCAGGGGACUCGUUGGCCCCCACGGCCGGCAGUGGCGGUGGCGACGACGGCAUUGUGGGGGGGCCACGCACGCCCCAACAGGUGGCGGCGCAGCGGCGGCUGCAGCAGACGCAGGCGCAGGUCGACGAAGUAGUCGACAUCAUGAAGACGAACGUCGAGAAGGUGCUCGAGCGGGACCAGAAACUCUCCGAACUGGACGACAGAGCAGAUGCAUUACAACAAGGUGCUUCACAAUUUGAACAACAAGCAGGAAAACUGAAGAGAAAAUUUUGGUUACAGAACUUAAAGAUGAUGAUAAUAAUGGGUGUUAUUGGACUUGUAAUCCUCAUCAUCAUUGUCAUGAAAUUCAUGCCAGAGAGCAGCGCCACGCCGACAACGAACCAGGCUUUGCCCGCCGCCAACGUGAUACCCCAGCAAGCAGGCGUGCCCGCAGGCGGGCCAGGGGCGGCAGCACCCGGGUCUACUGGACAGGCAGGCUGAGAGGGUCACGUCAACGUCUUUUUCACGAAUUCGAAACUAUUUUUUUGAAUGUACUUACCAUUGGGAGUCUCGUUUAUUUCUCAAAAAAUAGUUUGCUGACAUUAGUCGUUUAG